GCACACACCGGAGCUGUGCGAGCCCCGGCGCUGCAGCGCCCGCUCCGCUCCCGGCCGGGACCGCUCCGCCAUGGGCGGCCAGGCAGCGCGGCCCCGCUGACCCCGCACACUCCGACAUCCCGGUACUCCCGGCAUCCCGGCAGUUCGGCACUCCAGCAUCCCGGCAACUCCGCUCUGCUGACCCCGGAGCUCCGGACUCCGCCGUCCCGGGAACUCUAUUCCAUUGAGCCCGACUCCUCCAUCUCUCAGCACUCCGGCAUCCCGGGAACUCCGUGCUCCACCGUGCCGGGAACUCCACUGCGCUGACCGCUGGUCCCGGCUCCUCGGGAAUUCGAUCCGCGCUGCCCCCCGGCCCCCGGGCCCCCCGGAGGUGCGGCCAUGGCGUUCAUGGUGAAGAGCAUGGUGGGGGGGCAGCUGAAGAACCUCACGGGCGGCCUGGGCGGCGAGGAGAAGAGCGAGGGCGAGAAGUCUCCGGCCGAGGCGCAGGGCAUGACCCGCGAGGAGUACGAGGAGUACCAGCGGCAGCUGGUGGAGGAGAAGAUGGAGAGAGAUGCUCAGUUUGCCCAGCGCAAGGCGGAGAGAGCCACGGUCAGGUCCCACUUCCGAGAAAAGUACAGGCUGCCCAAGAACGAGACGGAUGACAACCAGAUCCAGCUGGUGGGAGGCGACGUGGAGCUGCCCAAGGAGCUGGCCAAGAUGAUCGAGCAGGACAACGAGGAGGAGGAGGAGAAGAACUCGGUGAUCGGCCAGCUCAGUAACAUCCAGAACCUGGACCUUGAUUCCUUGAAGGACAAAGCCUCGGCCACGCUAGAGGACCUGAAGCAAUCGGCGGAGAAGUGCUCCGUGAUGUGAUGGGGCUGAGCAGGGAGGGGACGCAGCGCAGGCUCUGGCGGGGGCUGCUGCCUGCAGCGGGGACCCCAGCCACGCUGUCACCCUUGCCGUGUGUCACUGGGCUCCUCCUGAGCCGCCUGACCCCUCGAGCCCCUGACCCAGAUGUCCCUGAUGUGUGGCUUUCGUUUCGUUCUCCGGGCUGAGGUUAGAGCCAGGAGCCAGCAUGUCCCCCCCGUACCCCACGGCCUCCCCCGUGCCCGGGCAGGGGGUGUCUGCAGGCAGAGCUGGGGAGGCGGCAGGAAGGAGAGUGACCUUGGAGUGUGCGUGACCUGGAAUGUGAUUGGAGUGACGGACCUUGGAGAGUGACUGACCUUGGGGUGUGAGUGACCUUGGGGUGUGACACUGGGACUCCCAGCCUUGCUUGAUCCCCCUCUCCAUCGCUUUCGCCCCCUAAAUCCAGCUGGGUGAGGGUAAACCACCUUCACCCCAGACUAACCCUAACCCACACUGACCUUGCAGUGUGACUGACCUCGGGGUGUGACUGACCUGGGAGUGUGACUGACCUUGCAGCGGUGGCCCCACGCUGCGGCUCUGCCUCCACUCAGCCUCCCGGGAACGAGCAGGAGGCUCGGAUUUGCCUCGCAAGGACGAGGCAGGGUGUGGAGCACCCCCCUCCCUGCAUCCCAUCCCCAUCACCUGAGAAACAGCAUCCCAUCCCUGCCAGGAACACCAGCCCUGUGCCCUUGAGGGCCCCUCUGGAGGAGCCAGCCGGGAAGGACCUGCCAUACGAUCCCUGUGGGAAGGGGGGUGCUGAAGCCUGAAUUGACACCAGAGAGGGACAAAAGCCCUCCCUGGUGCUGAGCUGAGCCCGCAGCAGCCCUUCCCCGGAGCAGUGGCGUCCCUCUCCUGGGAUGGGAUCCUGUCCUUGUUCCUUCCAGGAGAAGAACAAAGCCAUGAGGGAAUAUCUCCCCGUCCUCCCGCUCGUCGUGCUGUAGUCGUGCCGUGCUCGGUUGAGUGUCCCUCCCUCCUGUGCUGUCCCUGUGCCAUGGUACUGUUAUAACCGGUGGAAUAAAU